GCUUAAGUGCAUGCACAUACGAUUUCUCUAAGCUUAGGGUAACAGCCCUGGGGCUGACUUAUCCCUAACAACACUUCUAACGAGACUGUGUGCGACCUAGGAAUCACGCGGGAUGAGGUUUCACAGAUAUUGCCCACCAACUGGCUUGCUAAGUGCGACAACCAGCAGUCUAUCUGCGACCCAGCCUAGAGCCUUAAGGAACUUUCUUGGUGUCUCGCUGCAAUGGCAGCCCAAUCACUUGGUAGUCUCAAAGAGAUCACCGCAUAUCUUUGUUGCCUGGAACAAACUGGCGCCGAGCAACAGCUUGAGUGGACAUUGAAGGCUUUGUUUGUGGGAAGUCCUCUGCUUCACGCUGCAAACCAUCUGCAUCAUGUCUUUCUCCAGCACCAAUUUAAGGGCAAAGCCAGGAACCAUACCCCAACCAGAGCCUACUUGGGAGAACUUCCCAUCUACAACGUGAAGGAGUCGUUACGGCAAUGGAAGACUUGAUCGCUUGUUUGUAUCCGUUCGAUGAUGAUUGGGAAAACGCGCAGAAGGUGAUCGAAAACCCCGCUAACAGCCCGGAGGACUGCCAUCGGUACGUUGGUGGGACACGACCACCGUCUGAUGAGCCGCAGGGCAGACAAAGCAGGGAAACAACCGCACCACCCGAUGACGGAACAAAACAGCCUCAAGACCGGGAUGCCCGCCUAGAGUUGAGGUUCAGCCACAAGCUCAAAGGCGGCCUCGGCAUUGUUUUUGGGACCAACCAAAGCAGCUGCGACAUUGUCCUACCGUCGCUUGGGAACAAAGGCCAAUCCCAAGUCAGCAACCGACAUUGCUACAUCACUUUCGAUGCCCAACGCCGACCUGUUGUGCAAGACUGCUCAAGACACGGUACCAUUGUUACAUAUAACUGCAACGCGCGAGAGAGACGCAGAAACUUCAAAUGGAUUAUAGGCGGCGAGGGAUUCCCUGACGAGAUCAAGACAGUUGUCAUCGAGAUCCACCCAAAACUCAAGUUCCAGAUCGUCGUCCCUAAAGAUCAUGGAGAUUCGGGCCUGUUCUCCGACAAUGUCGACCAAUUUCUCAAGGAGAUCGCCAACAAUGAUCAGCUGCCACUUGGUGCUCUGGGCAUAAGAAGCACAAUCCCAACAGCUGCCCCCAGUGGGAGCGACACCCCCAGCCAGAGGCCCAUUUUUCUGGAGCGAGAGAAGCUCGGUGAAGGGUCGUUCGGCGUUGUAAGUCGUGUCUGGAAUGUCAGCACCGGAUUGGAAUAUGCCUCCAAGAAGUGUCACAAUCCUGAUGGAGUCGACUGGAGAAGGGAGGCUGAUGUAAUAAAGAAUACCUCGCAUCCGCACAUUGUCAAGCUUCACUUCGCGUUAGAUGGGCCUCCCCCUCGGCUGGUGCUGGAGUAUCUUCCACUCGGAAAUCUCGAAGAACAACAUCGCAGACAGCCCAUUUCCGAACCCGAUGUUCAUACUCUGCUUCGCCAAUGUUCUUCGGCUUUGUCAUACCUUCAUAGUCAGGAGCCACCUAUCGUCCAUCGAGACAUAAAACCGGAGAACAUUCUUGUCUCAUCUCGUAGUCCCUUCAGCAUCAAACUAUCAGACUUUGGCCUAGCAAAGGCAGGCAGCUUUCUGGAAACUCGAUGCGGCACACGCUUCUAUGCGGCUCCUGAGAUUGCUGCGUUCUGGCACUCACCCUGUAUCGGGAGCCCUCGAUACACGUCUGCCGUUGAUAUUUGGUCUCUUGGCGUUGUUGUCCUCCAGUACGGUUAUGGUCUUCCAGGAAGGGUGCCGCGACCAUCCUAUUAUGAACAGGUCGUCGAGAAGUUGAGGGUUUCAAAAUCUGAUAGUUUGCUUGACAUUUUAUCGGGUAUGUUGGUCAUAGACCCAAAGCGUCGGUAUUCAGCGAAAACGUGUUUGGAAAGAGCAGGCAAGCUAGAGGGGUCUCAAACACCAAGACCAAUGAAUCCCGAGAGUCAACGGCGUGAGGGUGAACAGUCACAGGUUUCGGCUCCUGACCCCACUGCCUCCCGGCAAGAUGAGCAGGAUUUUGGGGAUUCCGAAACCCAACGGUACAAAGACCCACGGGACUCCCAGCGCUCCAGUUCGCCGGAUUCGAAUGGCGAUAUACGAGAACAAGUGUCCUUAGACCCUGUCCGCGACUCUGGACUCGAGGGAUACAGCAGCUCCAUCAUCUCGGGUCAUUCUGGCGGGCCGACAAUUAGAGGUAAGCGAAAGAGCUCAACAGCGACAUCGCCUCCGUCUGCUAAACGCACGAAACGCACGGUUACACAAAGCUCAUCAGCUCGCCUGCAACAUGGGCAGCUCAGUUCUACUCAAAUUUCACAGCAUGACCAGAGUGAUGCAGGACACGGUGGGCAAAACAACAGGCUGGGGAGGGAUGCAUCUUCCCCGGUCGCGAAUGCCCCAGGCUCAUUGAACGAUAGACAAGGCACGACGAAACUCCGGCCAUAGUAGAGACCAUGCCUCGCGUUAGUGCUGGCCAGAGCUUGGCGAGCCAUGGUGAGUGUGUUUUGACUGAUAGCUAUGUUGGGGCACGUCUGCUAGAAGAAAUAUGUAGAGAAAUGUAGAUCGAACGAAGCGAAGAAAGGG